UUGUAAUAGUGAUAAUGUCAUUAAUGUAAUGUUUGUGUUGUAGUGGAGUGGUGAUGCGUAUUCUAUUCUAGGCCUUGAUCUAACUUCUAAGUCUAGAUCCAGAUCUAGAUUUCUAGAUGUUAUUAUUUGAAAAUUUAUAAUUAUUACUAUUCAUAUCGACAAAACACACAUUUUAUAAUGGCUGAUCAAGAGCAGAAAGCAUUACAAUUAAUUGCUGAAGCUGAAAAAAAGUUGAAAUCUUCAAAAGGAUUAUUUAAUUCAUUGUUUGGUGGUGGAGGUUCCAAACAAGAGGAAGCAUGUGAUUUGUAUGUCAGAGCAGCAAAUGCCUUUAAAAUGGCUAAAAAAUGGCCACAGGCAGGUAAAGCAUUUGAAGAAGCGGCAUUGCUUCAGAUAGCUCUAGGUAGCAAGCAUGAAGGGGCCACACAUUAUGUUGAAGCUGGUAACUGUUAUAGAAAAGCUGAUGCCAAUGCUGCUGUUAGUGCAAUACACAAAGCCAUAGAGAUUUACACAGAUAUGGGUAGAUUUAAUAUAGCUGCUAAACAUCACAUAACUGUGGCAGAGAUUUAUGAAAAUGAAUUAUCAGACAUGGAGAAGGCUGUUCAAAAUUAUGAACAAGCAGCAGAUUACUAUAAAGGGGAGGAGUCAAAUAGCUCUGCCAAUAAAUGUUUGUUGAAAGUUGCUCAGUUCUCUGCAACAUUGGAAAAUUAUGAAAAAGCCAUAGAAAUAUAUGAGCAGGUGGCUGUGUCUAGUAUGGACAACUCCUUACUGAAGUAUAGUGCAAAAGAUCACUUUUUUAGGGCCUCAAUUUGUCAUAUGUGCAUGGAUACAGCUAAUGCCACAUUGGCAGUGAAAAAAUAUGAAGAGAUGUUCCCAGCAUUUGCUGACUCUAGAGAGUGUAAGCUUGUCAAGAAACUACUGGAGGCAAUAGAAGCUGAGAAUGUGGACCAGUUUACAGAAGUGUUAAAAGAGUAUGACAGCAUAUCACGACUGGAUCCCUUCCUGACCACAUUGCUGGUGAGAGUCAAGAAACAAUUGAGUGCAGAGCCUGACUUGUGUUGAGAAUCAGUCAUUAUUCAGUUCUCUUCAUUUCAUUCUGUAUCUAACAGUCAAAGGUUGAAAGGUUCUCGAACAUUCACUGACAAGUUUUUUUCCACUUUGGUUCAUGUUGAGACUCCCUAAAUUGUCUUAAAAUUGUGUAGUUUUGUUUUUAUUAUUAGAGGGGGGGGGGGAAGAUAAGUCGAGAUUUUAAAAAAAAUAUAUUCCUUCUUGAAGUAAUGUCCAUGUUAUGUUCAGAUCAUUUUAUGAUGACCUUGCAUUGUGCUGUUUUUUUUUUAAUAAAGUUUCUUCCUUUCCCACUUUGAAAGUGACAGUGUGAGUCUUCAGUUACUGUGUGGGCACAUUUAUUGAAAGAAGUUUAUAAUGUGCACAUUUCAUUACUUGUUUAGGUCUUAAUUAUCUGUUUUAUUCAACUUGAUUAAAUUAGAUGGACAUAGUUUAACUCAACCUCAAACUUUGAGUUUUUGUUUCCUAUGUUGUAUUUUAUAGUACUGGUACAGACAUAAAAAAAAAAAUCUCAGUCACUUAUGUAGAUUGUUUUUAGUGAAUGGAAAUAUUGGUUUGUUAUUUAUAUUGACAUCACUGUUUUAUUAAAUAGCUUGUCAAAUAAAUUUGCUAUUACAAAUUCUCUGAUAUUAAUUGGUUACAGAUACAAAUGUUCAAUGCAGCGUUCUUUUUUUUUUUCUAUGGUUUUAAUUCAUUUAAUUUAAAAUAAUUAAAAAUCUGAAGAAUAAAAAAAGUAUAAAAAGUAAAGACUAAUCACUACUAUGAAAUAUUUGUUACACAGGAAAUAUACAGCCACAUUGUAUUUGUUCAACUCUUUAAGUUAUUAUUAAGACAUUAAGUAUUUGAUUUCAGUGUCUGAGUAUGGAGUGUAAACAUGAAGUACAAAAGUAUGUAUGAAGUUUCAGAUUCUUUAUAAAUGUAUUUUCAAUGUUUAAACUUGUUCUAUUCUCUACUCUGUAGCCAUCACCAACGAAAUGUUGAGGACAUCUUUUUUUUUACUAGGCUAGUCAAGGAUAAACUUUAUCAAUAGAAUAUUAGAACUGAUGCUUAGAGAGUCAAAGAUAUUUUGUAAUAUUUAACAUUCUAUGAGCUGUCCAUUUGUGUAGAUAUUCUAGCCAUUGCUAUUUAUUGUCUUUGAAUGGAGUUCAUAAGUUUGAAAUUGAUUUAACUAUUUUUUUUUCUCUAUAUUUUGUCUCACUAUGAAGCAGAUUAGUAACAGUUUUUAAUCAGUAUAUGUGCAUCUUAAAAAUAUUUUGUAAUUUUUCUCUUCAAACUUUUGUUAUUGAUGGGCAACUUGCCUUCAAUAGUUCACUGGUGGUCUGACCUGAAUACAGAAAUGUUCAAGGAUCAACUUUAUGAGUUGAGGUAUGAUUCAAAAGUGGGUUACACUGCAAUAAUCUACAAUGUAUAGAUACCUUAACCAUCAAUUCAUGCAUUGGACUGCUAUAAGACUUUAUUUAUGUAAUAAUUUGAAAUUAAAUAAAUGUGAUUUUUUAAAUGAA